AUGCCUGCUCGGUGCAUCUUUCUUUUAUUGACAGUGUCUACAUUGGUCAUAAGUAAUGUGUUGGAAAGACGAAACAUAGAACCAUGUCCUGUUGGUUCUAGGCCAAUGUAUCGUCCUGAUGGACAACCACGCAAAUGUCUUCCUCAUCAAAACAGCCUUUGCAUAAAUGCUUUGCCGGAUCAGCCUAACGCAGCGACGAUGUGCUGUUGGCACAAUCAGGUGGAUUACUUCUGUUGUUUGGAUGUAACACCACUGGACUGUCCUGAUUAUCACAAUGUUACCGCCGUUGUGCACAAUGCAUAUCCGCAGAAUCCAUUCGCGUUACGCUCAUAUCAUUUCAGAGAAGGCAUUGAAGAUGAGAUAGCUGCGAUGACACAAGAAUUAAUACGCAAUAAUGCGAUACGCAAGGAGAAUAGCAUUUUGGUAGGGCAUGAUGGUAAAAAGAAUUAA